UCCACUACUACACCGAGCUAUUUGCAUAAUAUAUACAUUUCAUCUUCAUCAAUGGCGAGCAGGAUCUUGAUCAUCGGCGGCACCGGAUACAUUGGCAAGUUCAUCGUCAGUGCAAGCGCAAAAUCCGGCCACCCUACCGUCGCCCUGGUGAGGGACACUGCUCCCUCAGACCCUACAAAGGCAAAACUUCUAGAAGAAUUUACGAACUCUGGUGUCACAGUUGUUAAGGGGGACUUGUAUGAUCAUGAGAGCUUGGUGAAGGCAAUAAAGCAAGUGGAUGUGGUGAUAUCAACGGUUGGAGCUAUGCAGAUAGCUGACCAGACUAAAAUCAUUUCUGCCAUUAAAGAAGCUGGAAAUGUCAAGAGAUUCUUGCCUUCAGAGUUUGGACUUGACGUGGAUAGAGCCCAUACUGUCGAGCCAGCAACAUCAGCAUUUGCACCCAAGGUUCAAAUUAGAAGAGCAGUUGAGGCUGAGGGAAUACCCUACACCUUUGUAUCCUCCAACUACUUUGCAGGGUACUCUCUCCCUACUCUAGCGCAAACGGACUCCUUUGGUCCUCCUCAAGACAAACUCACCAUCUUUGGUGAUGGCAAUGUCAAAGCAACUUUCGUGAAUGAGGAAGAUAUCGGCACGUACACCAUUAGAGCUGUUGAUGAUCCGAGGACAUUAAAUAAGAUUUUGUACAUUAGACCUCCGGGCAACGUUUACACUCAUAAUGAGCUUAUAUCUUUGUGGGAGAAAAGGACUGGCAAAAGCUUUGAGAAGGUUUAUCUUACUGAAGAGGAGGUUUUGAAGAAGACUCAAGAAGCUCCAUUUCCGAUCAAUAUUGUGAUGGCAAUCAAUUACUCAAUUUUUGUUAAGGGAGAUACCACAAAUAUAAAGAUUGAUCCAUCAUUUGGUGUUGAAGCUUCUGAGCUCUAUCCUGAUGUUAAGUAUACAACGGUUGAAGAAUACAUUAGCCGUCUUGUUUGAAGAAUAACUUCAUGAAUUUGCGUGUUAUAUAUAAUCUAUGUAUGUUGGUGGAUGUUAUUUUCUUGAUGUCAGUUAAGAUUGAAUAAUGACUUCAUUUUGUUGAUGUCAAAAUGAGAUUUAAUGAUGAUAAUUAUGGCGAUGUGAUGAACAUCUGGAUUUAAACUUUCUAGUCAUUAAUUUUAAAGUUCCUCGAACAUCGCUUCGACUUGUAUGGA